AUGGCCCCUCGAGUUAUCUUUGUACGACACGGCGAGACCGAAUGGUCAAAGUCCGGCCAACACACGUCGGUGACUGAUCUGCCAUUGACUGAGAACGGAGUCAAGCGAGUGCGAGCGACGGGACGGGCGCUGGUGGGCCGAAACCGGCUGGUGAACCCGGCGUACGUGGAGCACAUUUUUGUUUCGCCCCGAUCUCGUGCCCAGCAGACGCUCAAGCUCUUUUUUGAGGACGAGCCCGAGGCUCUCGCCAAGAUCCCCCAGACCGUGACCGAAGACAUUCGAGAGUGGGACUACGGCAAGUACGAGGGCCGAAAGUCAGCCGAAAUCCGGGCCGACCGAACCGCGCGAGGCAUCGACAAGGACGGCCACAAGUGGAACAUUUGGUCCGACGGCUGCGAGGACGGAGAGUCGCCCCAACAGGUGCAGAAGCGAGUGGACGAGCUCAUCAAGGAGAUCCGGGUGAUCCACAAGAAGGCGCUCGACGAGGGCAAGGAGCAUUGCGACGUCAUGGUGUUCGCACACGGCCACAUCCUGCGAGUCUUUGCUCUGCGAUGGGUCAACGGAGACAUCACCAUCAACCCGGCUCUGAUUCUCGAGGCAGGAGGAGUCGGUGUGCUGUCUUACGAGCAUAACAACAUUGAGGAGCCAGCCAUUUACCUGGGAGGAGCCUUCUUUGUGCCCGACGAGGAUGUGGAGAAGAACAGCGGAGUCAUUGCGCUGGCUGGGGGAGAGCAGAACUAG